UCCCCCUCUCUUCCCUCUUUCCAUCCUUCCCUCGUCGCUUCGUCUCUCGUUGCCUUCCUUCUCCUGCAUCGGUUUCCUGUCUCGGUCCGUCGAUAGGGUUUCUAGGACCACAACCCCCAUGGGCGAUUCUAGGGUCUUCGCGGAGCCGCGAGGGAACCCCGCGAGAUCCGGAGCUGGGGUUGUCUCCAGAAUCCGCCUCGAGAACUUCAUGUGCCACAGCAGCCUCGAGAUCGAGUUUGGUGAUUGGGUCAACUUCAUCACCGGCCAGAACGGGAGUGGAAAGAGUGCGAUACUGACCGCCUUAUGUAUUGCGUUUGGGUCCCGAGCGAGGGGCACGCAGAGGGCGUCUAGUUUGAAGGAUUUCAUAAAGACGGGUUGCAGUUAUGCUACUGUUCUUGUUCAAAUAAAGAAUCACGGGGAGGAUGCUUUCAAGCAUGAAUCUUAUGGUGACCUCAUCAUGAUAGAACGCAGGAUAACAGAGUCAUCAAGUUUGAUUAUUUUAAAGGACCAUCAAGGGAAGAAGGUCUCUAAUCGGAAAGAUGAGCUACGUGAGCUAGUGGAGCACUUCAAUAUUGAUGUGGAAAAUCCAUGUGUCAUAAUGAGCCAAGACAAAAGCAGAGAGUUUUUACAUUCUGGGAGUGAUAAAGACAAAUUUAAGUUCUUUUUCAAAGCUACACUUCUUCAACAAGUCAGUGAGCUUCUACAGAAUAUCAGGACUGAGCUGUCUGCUGCAAAUGAGAUUGUUGAUGAACUAGAGUCAUCAAUAAGGCCCAUUAUCAGGGAACUCGAUGAGUUGCGUAACAAGAUCAAGGCUAUGGAGCAUGUAGAAGAAAUUGCUCAAGAAGUGCAACAUUUGAAAAAAAAGCUGGCAUGGUCAUGGGUAUAUGAUGUUGACAGGGAAAUCCAGGAGCAAAAUGUCAAACUUGAAGUGCUUAAAGAACGUAUUCCCACUUGUCAAACAAGAAUUGACAAAUAUACGGCUCUUGUGGAUGAGUUGAAGGGAUUACUUGCUUCUAAGAAAGCUGAAAUAGCACACUUAAUGGAGAAGACUUCAGAAGCAAGAAAAUUGAAAGAUGAACUGCAGCACUGCCUUUCGGCUGCUACGAAAGACAAGCUUGAGCUUGAAGGGGAGUAUUCUCGAGAAAAUAACAUGGUUAGGAAACUGACUCAUCGUGUAAAGUUGCUUGAGCAGCAAAUUCAUGAUAUUAAGGAGCAAUAUAAAAGAAAUACACAGGCUGAGGUGUCCAAGAUUGAAGAACAAAUGAAGAAACUCCAAAAUGAGGUUGAUAUAGCUCAUACAAAUUUUACAAGGUUGCAGGAGGAAGAAUUAUCUAUGUCAGAGAAGUUAUCAGUUGCUAGAAAUGCUACGAAUGAGAUGUCUAAAGAGAUUGAUGAAAAUGAGAGAAAAUAUCGUGAGUUACAUUCACAGAUACGCCAGCUUCAGCAGCGCCAAACAAACAGAGUAACAGCUUUUGGUGGAGAAAAGGUGCUUAGGCUUUUAAAAUCUAUUGAUAGACAUCAUGACAAAUUCAAAAGUCCCCCUAUUGGUCCAAUUGGAGCUCAUGUCACAUUGGUUAAUGGUGACAUAUGGGCCUUAGCAGUUGACUGUGCUAUCGGGAAGUUAUUAGAUGCUUUUAUAGUCACCAACCAUAAGGAUUCACUUCUUUUACGAGCUUGUUCUAGAGAAGCAAACUACCAUGACCUUCAGAUCAUCAUCUAUGACUUUUCAAGAUGCAGGCUAAAAAUUCCAAACAACUCACUUCCUGUGACAAAUCAUCCGACUACUUUAUCUGUUUUACACACCGAGAAUCCUACUGUAUUCAACGUGUUGGUAGAUAUGGGUAGUGCUGAAAGGCAAGUUCUUGUUCAAGACUAUGAAGUUGGCAAAUCUGUUGCAUUUGACCAGCGAAUCCCAAAUCUGAAGGAAGUAUACACUUCUGAUGGAUAUAAAAUGUUUUCCAGAGGUUCUGUGCAGACUACCCUCCCUCCGUCUAGAAGAGGUAGGACUGGUCGUCUAUGCAGUGCAGUCGAUGACCAAAUAUACUCUAUUCAAAAUGAAGCCUCUAAGGUCAAAGGACAUGUUCAAGAAUGCAAAGGCAGGAAAAGGGUUUCUGAGGAAGAGCUUCGUGAUAUGGAAGGCCAAUUACAUAGUGCUAAGAAGCGACGAGUAAGUGAAGAAAGAAUUUUGACAUCUAAGCAAAUUGCAUUGCAAGGCAUGAAGGAUGCUUAUGCUGCUGAGCAAAAUGCUGCUGCCUCUGAAACAAAUGUUGAGGAACUUCUUAAAGAAAUUUCACAAACAAAAGUUGAGAUACAGGGGAAGGAAUUGAUACAAGAGAAAAUCAGGGUUAAGAUGACUGCUGCAGAAGAAAAAGCCAAUGAUCUCAAAAUUUCGUUCAAGGACUUGUCCGAUUCGGCAAGAGAAGAUAUUGAUGCCAUUGAAAAAGCAGAGCGAGAAUUAUUGUCUACUGAAGAAAAGUUACAGUCAGCAGAAGCAGAGAAAGUUCAUUAUGAAGGGGUCAUGCAUAAUAAAGUACUACAUGAUAUCAAGGAAGCAGAGGCAGAAUGUGAAAAACUCCAAGAGAAACGGCAGGAAAAUUUUAGGAAGGCAUCCAUCAUUUGUCCUGAGUGUGAAAUGGAAGCUUUGGGAGGCUUUGCUGGGUCUACUCCUGAGCAACUAAGUGCCCAGCUAAGCAGAUUGAAACAAAGGCUUCAGCAUGAGAGCCAAAGAUACACUGAAUCCAUUGAUGAUCUUAGAGCAUUGUAUGAUAAAAAGGAGCGUAAAAUUUUGACAAAACGACAAACCUAUGCCGCACUCCGUGAGAAGCUAAAUGCAUGCCAAAAGGCACUUGAUCUGCGGUGGUGCAAAUUUCAAAGGAAUGCAAUGCUCUUAAAGCGGCAAUUGACCUGGCAGUUUAAUGGACAUUUGAGGAAGAAGGGCAUUAGUGGGCACAUUAAGGUGGAUUAUGAACAAAAGGUCCUGUCAGUGGAGGUAAAGAUGCCUCAAGAUGCAUCUGGCACAACAGUUCGUGAUAUUAGGGGGCUUUCAGGUGGGGAACGGUCCUUUUCUACUCUCUGCUUUGCAUUAGCUCUUCAUGAAAUGACAGAAGCACCUUUUCGUGCCAUGGAUGAGUUUGAUGUGUUCAUGGAUGCUGUGAGCCGGAAGAUGAGCUUGGAAACUCUUGUGGACUUUGCAGUGACUCAAGGCUCUCAGUGGAUAUUCAUCACCCCGCAUGACAUCAGCAUGGUGAAGCCUGGAGAAAGGGUCCGGAAGCAGCAGAUUGCAGCACCUCGUGGUUGAUUUGUCUUUGCGACCGUGGUAUAAAUUAUCCAAUUCUUAUAGAGGGGAAAAACAAAUCUCUAAUUUGGUUGUCAUAUUUUGCACAACACUCCACCCUUUGCAAAGGCAUUCGGCCGUAGCAGGAGCUCCACGAAAAAGAAUCCCUGAGUACCAUUGUGAGCUAGAACUUAUGUACAGGAAUCUCUUGUAUUAUGGACAGGAGUCCAUUAAAAAGGUCAACAGGUACCAACUAUAUUAUGUACAGGAAUCUCUUAUUCAAAUCCUUUUUGUAAUGGGGAUGUAUUAUGUAUGAUUGCUAUACGAAGCAUCAUUAAUACUCA